UACUGGUGGCAGCUUGCCAGCUUCCAUUGCGUUCAUUGCAGCGUCAAUCUUGGCAUUCUGGUUGCUGAAGAAAGCCAACAAGACACGAUAAGCCCCUUUGCACCCCGGCCCACGCGGAUUACCAGUAGUAGGGCACUUACCAUUUCUAGGCACCCAUCUCCUCCACAAGAGCUUCACAGAGCUGGUCCGAGUUUACGGCCCCAUCUACAAGCACUGGCUCGGAGACUAAAUCUAUGUCGUGAUUACCUCACCAUCGCUGGCCAAACGAGUCCGCGAUACGUAACAUUCUCAGAUGAGACCUGAAGGUCUUCGCUCGAGAGCUAUUGAGCAGCGGCAGGCUCAAUGCUUCCUACAAGCUGAGAAGGCUAUUGAGGAUGUGGACCAGAAGGACACAGCAUGCCAUGGGAUAGCACCACACAUGGAGACCUGAUUUCAGCACUCGGCCGGUUUGACCUGCAGAGGGUGGGGAGGAAAUCCAAGGAGACAUUGCAGAGUUUGGAUCGAACUCUGAGCUCCACAAUUGUGGAGAGGCGGAAGCUUAGGAAAGGUGGCGACGAC